UCUUUGAAGUUCGCGUCUCUUUCGAAAUUCAAACUAAAACAAGAACUGUGUGUUUUGUAACGUUAUUUAUUGGAUGGUGUGUUUUGGUGCGAGAUUUCUCCAGUAACGGGCCGUCGUUAUGACGUCUUUUUCCCGGUGGUAGACCAAUGGGAGAGCAUGGAAGUGCUCGCAAAAACGGCUUGCCGUCUGCAGUAGAGUCUGGGAGCAUGCUACUACGGAACAAAACAAGAACACUCAUGCAUGUACCCUUCGUUCCCCUUGAUCAGCGGUUAGGAAGCGCGCGAGGAAGCCCGAAAAUAAAGGACUUCCGGUUUAAUUGCGCACGCGUACAUGCCAAACCUUUUGGCUCAAGUCGCGCGUGGCUCAAUCGCUCUCCUUGGUCUUUGCUUCCGAUUUGAAGCAAAGCAAUCAAGAUCGAUUCUGCAACAGAACUAUCGAGAGUCGCUCGUUUCGUCAAGCUUGCACAGAAAGGGGCGAUGACUCGAGAUACGAAAUUCAAACAAGAACAGAACAGGCAACUUCUUAUGGGAGCAGGCCGAGCAAUUCUCUGAAUUCUCUCCUAACAUUUACCUACGGUCACGCCCUUGAUGUAUUUGGAGCCGAAUCGUUCGUUCAUCGCUUGGUAGCUUUUAAAGAACAGCCGAAAUAGCGUGCCAUUUUGAUCAUUGGCACAUUUUCCUCUACACAGCCAAUAAAAUAACUGAGAACUUUUAACCUAUAGGUUGAAGCUUUUUCAUUCCAGUCUCUACAUUUUCACCGAGUUUUCUUUACGCCCGGUCGCUUCAGUGAAUAAAAUCACGUUCCGUUGCAGUUGACAUUUCGUUUAAGUGAUACAAUGUUUUAUAAGUGUCAUGGAUAAAUAUAAAUCCUAAAGAUCAGAUGGCUGUCAUGCAAAUAAAUAUGUUUAUCCUUACUCAAUACACGCCAGUGACGUCCACUGACCUCGAAAGCUUGGCUGCACAUGAUCGCAGCGCUUGGCAUGACUGAUUCCGAGUAAGUAUUAAUUAUGAAUAACGAAAAACUGCCAUUUUGAAUAAAACUAUUCUUGAUCCACGCUGUAGAAAAAACGUGUUUCAAAAAGAGUCCAUUCGUCUUUGCGAAACCAUUUGCGUAAAUUUUGAUGCUAAAAACGAACAAAAGUGAAGCCGAUGUUUGAGGUCCUAGUCGAGGAAUCAACUGGUAAAAACAUCAAAAAACGAAACGUCAAUUUAUCGUUCGCUUGGAUUGUCGCGAUGGAAUAUUUACCUUUUGAGGUUAUAGCUUUGAUACUUCUGGAAUCAAAAACUCAAAAGCCGUAAAAAGAAGUCGUAAUAUUUUUCGCUCCGACGGUGCAUAAAUUAUCUUUCCUGUUUCUUGAUUUUGAGGGUUUGCUUAUUUGUUUUAUUUACGCAACAGGAAAGAUUCCACUUCUUAAGUUAAUGCUUCGGUAGUCUCACAGCUUGCAAUAUUAAUGGUUCACUGGCCUUUUAGUAUAGCCCAAAUGAUAAAGAAGUAAAGCAGUAAGAAAAAUCUUUCCGUAUUUUGAUACAGUCAAACUUCUCUCAUUGUCCGGUUUAUUUCAGCGGUUGUUCUCGCCCUCGCAUGCUCCGUUGUGGCCUCACAGGGUGCGGCGCUGGUGCUCUUCUGACGUGGCGGGGAAAACACCCGCCAAAUAUCACGCCACCUGGCAGGCGUGUCAUCCAUAGCAAAUCUCUCUCAAUCCAUAGAAUUCUUGCGCUCGAAAGCAACAUGUUAGUCUCCCGCUUGCUUCGCCCUGUUUCGUGGGCCGUGUACACAAUGAACCCGAACUCGGAGUCAACAUCUGUAAUUCUAAACUGACACUGAGUCGUGGUGAAUUUUUUUGACGAGCGAUUAUCAAACCCCAAUGGAUCUUAACGUAAACUGGACGGAUGUUUAUAUGAAGCACACGACAGGGACACAAGGUUCGGCCUUCCACGAAACUGUGGCCGUAGGGAAGGUCAUCGCCUUGUCUCUUAUUCUGGCGGUUUCCACGACUGGCAACGUCUUGGUCUGCUACUGUGGUAUACGUUCCCCGCGGAUGUCGGCCAUGAACAGUUUAAUCGUGAAUCUUUCCAUUGGAGAACUCGCUAUUGCGUGUAUAGCUAUUCCACUCAAGAUCGAACAAGAAAUCUUAGGGGAGUAUUUGGUUGGAGGUCCGACAGUCUGCAAGUUACUGGAAUACGCCCAGUCCGUUGCUCUGGGAUCAGUUACAGUAACGUUAUUAAUGAUCAGCCUGGACAGACUUUACUCAGUGUUUUAUCCUCUGUCCAAGAUAACUCGUCGUCAAGCUCGGUACAUGAGUGUGUUUGCAUGGUGUUACGCACUGCUCUUCGCUAAUCCUGUCUUGUACUAUUUCUUGGGAUCAAAACACCAACCCAGAGCGUUGUUGUUCAGCUGUGACAAGCAUACGGUUUUGCCGUGGAAGGACAAGCUUUAUUCCUUGGUGCAACUCUGGGCGAUAUUUAUGUUACCCAUCAUGAUCAUGACUGUAACGUACUUCGCAGUGGUGAGUAGGCUGCUAAAACCUGAUUCAGCUGACCGAGCCGUUAGCAAGGUGGGCGCGCGCGAAGCAACCCCAGACGUCCCAAUAAACAUUCACCGCCGAUUCACCAGCUCUCUGCGCUCCAACGCUGUACCGCUAGCCAAGCGAAAAUCCGUGGUUAUGAACCUUAUAGUCAUGGCGACUUUUAUAUUUUGUUAUGCCCCGUUAGCGGCACUUUACGCUCUGGAGACCGUGGGAAAUCCCAAGCGAAAAAGCUUUGAGAUAUUUCGCGAUUUCGCGUGUUUUCUGGCUUUGGCAAAGCUGUGCGCCAAUCCGGCUGUGUACAGCUUUUUCGACAGCAAUCUUCGGGAUCAGAUGUGCCGAUGUCAUGCGAAGCGAUCCGAUCAAAAUUCGCCGGUUCGUCAGCAGAUUAUUCACCCUGGGAUAUGCAUCCAGGGAAAACUCAGUGAAUUGAACGUCAGUAACUUUGGCAGACUCGCUGACUCGAAAGGGCAAAGCCCUGUUUUCAAGGAGCCGCUGUUGCGGGUGUCUUCGGGGUCGAACCCGUCGCCGAGUGUGCCUGGGGCUAAGCGGGAGAAACUGGCGCGACUUAUUUCCAACACUCGACGCUAUCGUAGUCUUGGGCUUUCAACAUGGAGAAGUUCAAACAUUUGAGAACAUCCAGCGUUCAAUGACAAAGUAAUGAUUGUAAACAAAAAGAAAGAAGUUAUAUAGUUCAAUGAUUUGUGAAAGGAACUGAUGCGAAAAUUACAUAUAAAGUUGUUACUUGAUCAUCAGUGCACAUCACCAAUUUUGUAGGUAUUAUUUUACAUUGUGCAAUGUAAUUAAGUGUUUUGAGAUCGAGAAGUCUUGUUUCGAACCUGUCCGGGUUCACUGUGUUAUUUUCAGGGGAAGACUCGUUAAUCCCACGGUGCCUUUUCUGGGACAGAUACAAGAUUUUAGAGAAGGGGGCUCGAGAUACUAAAGGCCAUCUCCUGUAGGGAGUGCGGGGAUUUUCUCCCCCGAAAAUGUUUAAAAUUGAGUUCGUCGGAAACAGGACUAGAUUUCCGUCAUUCUGAGGCCAAGUCAGCGUGUUAUGAUGUCUCAUCUUUUUUUUUUUUAAUUUAGGGGUUCUACCGAAUCCCCCGAACCCCCUAGAUCCGCCCCAACUUUUCUCUAGGAAGGUGUAGAUAUACAGCAAAUUGUUGGAGUCAACAGCGAUGGAUUAGCAUCCCAUCCAGGGGAAGUGAGAAUUCUCCUAGUCUCUCCCAGAAAGUAGUGCUAAGCCAUCUUUAUAACUGACUGGAAGAGCUUUAUAUAUUUGUAAUGUCUGUUUUUGAUUUGAAUUUAUUAGUGCAUAUCUAGGUUGGCUCAACAUUUGUCCCAUUCCAGCAGCUAGUGAUCACUGUUAUCUUAAUUCUAUUUACAAUGCCGUUUUUAUAAUAUUCAGUUUUUUGUACGUAGUUCAAAUAAUACGUGAAAGCAAAGAAACUAAUAUUUUGACUUCAAUCUAAAUUUUCCAAAAAAGUGCAAACAGUGUAUGAAGAUUACAGCUUGAAUGCAAAAUUGUUACCUUGCGAAACUGGUUGUUCUUCGAUGGCAAAACAUUGCCAUGUAGGCCGAUCGGUUUUGUCGACUUUCAUCCACUUUUAUUUGUCGCAGCACAAAUAAAGGCAAGCUGCUCAGAAUAAUUGGAGGCGCGGUGGCCUCAUCGUUAGUGCGCUCGUCUCCUGAUCGAGUGGUCCGGGUUCAAG